CCCCCCCACCCACUGCAUCCCAAAACCAGUCCAACCUGUCUCUGCCUCCCUAACCGGUUCUUCCUCUCACCCAUCCCUUCCUCCCACCCCAAGCUGCACCCCCAUCUACCUACUAACCUCAUCCCACCUCCUUGACCUGUCCGUCUUCCCUGGACUGACCUAUCUCCUCCCUACCUCCCCACCUAUACUCUCCUCUCCACCUAUCUUCUUUUCUCUCCAUCUUCGGUCCGCCUCCCCCUCUCUCCCUAUUUAUUCCAGUUCCCUCACCCCAUCCCCCUCUCUGAUGAAGGGUCUAGGCCCGAAACAUCAGCUUUUGUCUUCCUGAGAUGCUGCUUGGCCUGCUGUGUUCAUCCAGCCUCACAUUUUAUCUUGGAAUUCUCCAGCAUCUGCAGUUCCCAUUAUCUCCGCUUCCUGGGAAAUGGUGUUUUUAACCACCCCCUGCAGCUUCAGGUAUACUUCUGCUGCAGCGGGUAAGUCCCCUGGGCCGUUCAGUGGGAAAGGCUGCGGUCCCUGUGCAACCACCCGCAUUCAACAUCUGGUCACACCUCAGCCCCAUAUGCAGUUGUCCGGUAUGGAACUGGAGAUUAGAAGGUGAUUUGCAAAUGGGAAACUCAAAGCAAAUUUUAUAUCAAGAAUUGACAGUCACUCAAUUCGUCAGGACCUAAAUAUUUUGAAUGUGGAAGGAAUAAUAUUGGUCUACUUUGUCUGUGAAAAAAGAUUUUCAAAGAUCUGUGUGACUGGAAAGUCAGUGAGAGAUACACUCACACACAACAAAAUCAGUGUUUUCCAGUGAGCUGACUAUGGAAAGAGCAUUAACCAGUUACACAGACAGAUAAAAACUCUCAUAACCAUUCACAACAGGAGGUGACUAUACAUUUGCUGUGCAUGCAGACAACACUGCAACUGCUCGUCAAACCUGGAGACACAUAAGGACAGCAGCACCACGGAGAAACCGUGGAAAUGUGGGUUUUGUGACAAGAGGUUCAAAUUCCCAUCCAAGCUUGAAAUUCAUCGACGCAGUCACACCGGGGAAAGACCAUUCCCAUGCUCUGUUUGUGGGAAGGGAUUCAUGAAUGAAUCUCACCUUAUUGCGCAUCAAGUGGUUCACACUGAAACACGACCUUUCAAAUGUGCUGAUUGUGAGAAGAGCUUUAAGAACGCAGGGGGUCUGUUGGCUCACCAGCGAUUUCACACUGAAGAGAGGCCCUUCAGCUGCACUUACUGUGGGAAGGGAUUUACUCGGUCUUCCAGGCUAACUGAGCACCAGCGAGUUCACACUGGGGAGAGACCGUUCACCUGCUCCAAGUGUGGGAAGGGCUUCACUUGUUUAACCAGCCUAAAUUCACACCAAUUUGUCCACACCGAUAAGAAACCAUUUCAGUGUUCUUGCUGUGAGAAAUGCUUUAAAAGUACUGGUGAUCUGCUUCAGCAUCAGCGAGUUCACACUGGGGAGCGGCCAUUCACCUGCUCAGAAUGUGGGAAAGGAUUCGCACACUCAUCCCACCUACUGAGGCACCAGCCCGUUCACAGUGGAGAGAGGCCAUUCACCUGUGCUGUGUGCGGAAAGGGAUUUGCUCAGUCAUCUACCCUGCUGAGACACCAGUUAGUUCACACUGAUGAAAGGCCUUUUAAAUGUCCAGCCUGCGAGAAGUGCUAUAAAAGUUCUCGGGAACUGGUGUCCCAUCAACGUGUUCACACUGACGAAAGACCUUACCGGUGCUCCCAGUGUGGGACUGGGUUCAGGAGAUUGUCUCAACUCACUGCACACCAGAGAAUUCACAGUGGGGAGAGGCCGUUCACUUGUUCUGACUGCGGAAAGGGAUUUGCUCAGUCAUCUAAUCUGCAGAAACAUCAGCGAGUUCACAAGUAACUACAGUGAUUAUAUUUUGCUGUUAGUCACUACCAUUUGUUCUUUGGUAUUUGUCAAUUAUUCUUGGGUUCAUUCCCUUUGUUAUGUUUAGUUAUUGUCACUUUAUGACUUUAAUAUGAGGGGAUUGUUUGAAAUCUUCCUUACCUAUAUGUUAAAGAAUAGGGAGGCAUUUGCAGUGAGAACCCAAAGAUUGAUAUCUUUGAGCUCAUGUCUCAAUUCUUGGUUAUUUUGUGAAGUUCUCAUUAAAUCAGACACUUGCUCAUCAUUGACCAUUUGUUUUUCUCUUAGUCAGUUAUUGUCCUUUUUUUUAGUUUUUGUUUCUGCUGUGUUUAAAUCUUGAAAACAGUUUGUCACCUUUUCUACUUUAAAGGCAAAACCAUUACAGAAGACCACAAUGCACUCAAAUGGAAAAUACCAAUUUCAAGAAGUUGUUAAAAUCUGAAGUAUCAUACAUUUGGAAAAUUAAACACAUUGCUACAAAAUUAGAUUUAUUUAAAACAAACUAAAACACAUCAGCACAAGGAUGUUGCUGUAGUUAUAAUUUCUUUAUAAAGACUAACAAGGAAGGAUUUUACUAUUUAUGUCUUAUUCACCUUUUGAAAUCUGCAUAUAACCAGUCAUAAGCUAAACAGAGGCUCCUCAUCCUAAACACUGAUAGCUCUAAAACAUUAGGUUAUCAUUUUCAGGUAACAAGGUGUAGAGCUGGAUGAACACAGCAGGCCAA